GGCGGGGCCGGGCGGGGCCAGGCAGGAUCCCGUCCGCGCGCGCUCGCCGCCGCCGCCCCGCGCCCCGCCGCCCCCAUGCCCGCCGGCCGCCCCCGCCCCGCCGCCCCGGGGCCCCCCGCGCCCCCCGCGCCCCUGCUCGGCCUCCUGCUGCUGUGCGCGCUGGGGGCGCCGCCCGGAUCGCGAGCCCACACGGCCAUCAUCAGCCCCCAGGACCCCACGCUGCUGGUCGGCUCCUCGCUGCAGGUCACCUGCUCUGUGCUGGGCGAGGCCCCGGGGACCCCGGCCGAGGGCUUGUACUGGACGCUCAACGGGCGCCGGCUGCCGGCCGACCUGUCCCGGCUGCUCAAUGGCUCCACUCUGGCCCUGGUGCUCUCCAACCUCAACGGCUCCCAGCAGCAGUCCGGCGACAACCUGGUGUGUCACGCCCCAGACGGCAGCAUCCUGGCCGGCUCCUGCCUCUACGUGGGCCUGCCGCCCGAGAAGCCGUUCAACAUCAGCUGCUGGUCCAGGAACAUGAGGGACCUCACGUGCCACUGGAGCCCGGGCACCCGCGGGGAGACCUUCCUGCCCACCAACUACUCCCUCAAGUACAAGCUGAGGUGGUACGGCCAGGACAACACGUGCCAGGAGUACCACGCAGCGGGGCCCCACUCCUGCCACAUCCCGCGCGACCUGGCGCUCUUCACGCCCUACGAGAUCUGGGUGGAGGCCACCAACCGCCUGGGCUCGGCGCGCUCCGACGUGCUCACCUUGGACAUCCUGGACGUGGUGACCACUGACCCGCCCCCCGACGUGCACGUGAGCCGCGUGGGGGGUCUGGAGGACCAGCUGAGCGUGCGCUGGGUGUCGCCCCCCGCCCUCAAGGACUUCCUCUUCCAAGCCAAGUACCAGAUCCGCUACCGCGUGGAGGACAGCGUGGACUGGAAGGUGGUGGACGACGUGAGCAACCAGACCUCCUGCCGCCUGGCCGGCCUGAAGCCGGGGACCGUCUACUUCGUGCAGGUGCGCUGUAACCCCUUCGGCAUCUAUGGCUCCAAGAGAGCGGGCAUCUGGAGCGAGUGGAGCCACCCCACGGCCGCGUCCACCCCGCGCAGCGAGCGCGCGGGCGCCGGCGGCGGGUGCGAGGCGCGGGGCGCGGAGGCGGGAGCGGGCCCGGUGCGGCGGGAGCUGAAGCAGUUCCUGGGCUGGCUCAAGAAGCACGCGUACUGCUCCAACCUCAGCCUGCGCCUCUACGACCAGUGGCGCGCCUGGAUGCAGAAGGCCAGCAAGGGCCGCCAGCAGCACAGGGCGAGGGCGGCCUGUCCGCGGGCAGAAGGGGCGCGGCGAGAGCUUCAGCCUCACAUCUGGGACCCCGUCUACCCCUUGAGCAGAGCACCCCCAGAUGAACCCCAGUUAGCUGAGAAGCCCCGGUCACUCGGCGCCCUUUUGCUCGCAGGCCCUUCCAGAUAAGCUCUAGAAGUCGGGGCGUCAUCCUGCCUGCAGCGUGGAGCCCCGGGGUGCACGCUGGUGGGCCCACACCUGCACCCCAGCCGAGGCCCCGGCCCGGCAGUGUGUGGGGCUCAGCUGCACGGGGACCCCAUUUCAUAGCACCCCCCAUCUCAAAUAAACGAGUGUGUCGCA